CUCAUUCUCCUAACCUGCCACGUUAAGUCACCUAACCUGCCAUGUUAAUUAUCGUAACCUGCUAUGUAAACAAACCAUGUGUGGCGACAUAUAUUUUCAGUAUCACCAGACUGGACUUCAUUUACGCUUUUUACAUAAAACCAUUUGUUAUGCCUUGCUCAUAUCGAUAUCAAACAUUAUCGAUAUUGGUGCCCACCACUAGUCUUUAUCAGAGCAAUUGAUAUUUGUGGCUUAGUUUACUCGCAUUUGGAAAAUUACCAGCUAACUUAACAGGCAUGGAUUUGUAAUAAUUUAUAAUUGUCAAAGUUUUAAUUUAAGUGGAAAGUAAAUUUCAUGCAUGCAUGGAGGGACACUUUAUCGGCCUCUAUUGGAUUAAAAUGGUGAAUUGCUGUACUGUAUUGAUGGUCAAUGUUUACUUGUACUGUAUUUCUCUUUGUAUGUGUUUCCAUGUUCUCUACCCCUCAUCCCUCUCUUUCAGCAGGUUCUCAGCUGAGUGUAUCAUCACUUGUUUUUGUCUGUGUGGCCCUGUCAGACUGCUGAGCAAGAGUCCACACAACUACGCAAGCAAGGAAAGCAAACACACCAAAGACACACACACACGCACACAUAUUAACAGGCAUAUUGUUCACAUACACACACACUCCUACACAGACGUCGGGUCAAUUCAGACGCCCUCCAUCAGCGAUGAUGACGUCUCCACUGCUUCGCCCGUCAUUGCAUCACUUCCUAUCGCUGAGGCUGCUGGGUACUGUGACCCCAAGGACGCUGGCGGCAGAACGGUUGGACGCCCUCCCAGUGGCAUUGACCUUUGAGGACCCCAGCGCCUUCAGAGUAAAGAGCUUUGGGGAGCUGCUCCGAGCAUUAGGGGUGUUCCGACUCUGCUCUGUCCCAGUGCUGGUCAACAACUGUGGGAAGCUCAUGUCUGUAGCGCGGACUCUGCUCGGGAAAAGGGGGUUUGCCCUGUUCCUGCGGCCGUCUGUGUAUGCUCAGUUUGUGGCCGGGGAGAGCGAGGGCGAGAUCACCCAUUCCAUGGAGAAGAUGAGCUCCCUUGGACUCCGCCCCAUGCUGGCUGUGCCCAUUGAAGAGGACCUGGGAGAGAGCACUGGGGAGCGACGGUACGACGACAACCUGGCGUCCAUGUUGGAAUGUGUCAGCAUGUCCCAUAGAAAUGCCUGGAGCAAAGAUCCAAUGAUGCAGCUGAAGAUCACUGCCUUGCUCAGUCCAGAGCUGUGUGUGAAGCUAACCACCGUGCUCUCAGAACAACAGUAUGAUCUAGACCUCCUAGUCAGAGCCAUGGACGGAGAGCCAAUCAGCUUCCCCGGUUUACAGGAGAGCGAGAACACACAUUUCCUGUGCGGCCUUCAGAGGCUCAACAAAGUGGGAGAGGCCAGUGCCAACAAAGUGCGAGUUCUGGUUGACGCAGAGUACACAUACAUGAACCCCGCCCUCUCGCUCGUCACCAUGGCCAUGAUGAAGAAGUUCAACCAAGAUGGCGUCUGGAUCUGGAACACCUACCAGUGUUACCUUAAGGAAUCGCGGUCCCUCCUGCUCGAGGAUGUCCGCCUGUCCAUCAGCGAGUCCUUCUGUCUGGGUGUGAAGCUUGUGAGAGGGGCAUACAUGGACAAAGAAAGGAAACUGGCCAAUAAUGAGGGGUGGUCAGAACCUGUUCACGAAUCCUGGGAGCACACCAAUGACAGUUAUAACGGCUCGUUGGACAUCCUGCUGGAACUCAUCUCCCAGGACCCUGAGCGCUAUCGGAUCAUAGUUGCCACGCACAACGAGGAGUCCGUAAGGCGUGCAGUUCAACGGAUGGGAGAGCUGGGAAUAGACAAAGAUGGUGGAUCUGUGUGUUUUGGUCAGCUGUUGGGGAUGUGUGACCAUGUGUCUCUCACUCUCGCCCAGCAGGGUUACUCGGUGUACAAGUCGGUGCCGUAUGGCUCGGUGGACGACACCCUGCCCUACCUGGUGCGCCGUGCCCAGGAGAACCGUACCGUGCUGCAGGGCAUCCGCAAGGAGCGAGACCUCCUGAGACAGGAGCUCCACAGGAGGCUGUGGCAGGGGCUCAGACAGGGAAGCUAGGGGUAGGGAGGACAGGGAAGCGGGGAUGGUGUGGAGGGUGGGUUUGGGCUAAAUUUGCAUUAAAGACAGUUAAUUCAGGAAGUAAACUGAAACUCCUAUUCAAUAAUUGAAAAAAGACAAUCUACUCUCAAUAAAGGAUAAGCAAAUAAUGUCAAA